CGUCCGUCCGUCCGUCUGUCCGUCUGUAAACUUUUUACAUUUUGAACUUCUUCUCUAAAACCGCUUAUCCAAUUUCAACCAAAUUUGGCACAAAGCAUCCUUAUGGGAGGGCGAAUAUAAAUUGCAGAAAUAAAAGUCCGAUCUGUUUUCAAAGCGGAGAAAACCUUGAAAAUGUAGAAAAAGGGGGGUGCAUUUUUAAAAAUCUUCUUCUCAAGAACUAAUUAGUUCAAUUCAACGUAGUUUAGCAUAAAUUAUCCUUAUGGGAAGGAAAAUAUAAAUUGCAAAGAUUAAGUGCUAAUUCUGAUUCAAAUCUGAGUUAUUACGAAAAUUAUAAUAAAGGAAAGGCGUGUUUCAAUCAGUUUAAUAGCUUCGGGUUCGGCAUACGGAAAAAUGGGUAGGCAAGACUUCUGAGCAAAACAAAAGAUUGGCAGUUAUAGAUCUCGUAAAAUUUGAUCAAGGCAUUUUACUACUACACAAAUUUACAUUGUUACAAAAUCGAACUAUUAAUUUCUACUUCUUUAACGCAAUGGUUGGAUUAAUUAAUAAAGGUGUAAAAUAACAUGAUAUAAUCCGACAUUUUUAAGUCCGACUUAACAUAUAUGUAAUUGGCGGGUAGAUAGCGUCUUUUUUUUCCCGCCACAAUUCAGCGAACGAACUCAAGAUGUCAGCAUCGAAAAAGUUGAAGCUAGAAGAGGAUAAAACAACUGUAUCGGGUUUCGUCCAAAACGUUUCUCCCAUUCGCACGAGUAGGACGAAUUCUCGGUACUUCAAUGCAGUCGUUCAAACCAAAAGAAAUGAGUUUAACAGAAUCGCCUGUUUCGAUGUUUCAAAACACUCAGUACUUACGGAUGCUAGUCGAGCACAAACCCCCCUUAAAUUGUCGGAUGUACAACUAGUACCGAGCAGGAUUGACUCUUCAAAAUCUGAAGUUUUGUUAAACUACAAAACCAAGAUAGAAGUGUGUAGAACUCUGGACUUUAACUACAAAAAAUCUCCAGACGACGAUGACAAGACGGGUGAAAAAGUCAAAACCCUUGCAGAAGUCCAAGCCACCCCGGAACACAACAAGGUUGCUGUAGAGGUCAGAGUCUUGUCAGUGUCUCAACAAACGGUACAAGUAGUGAGGGAAUCGCCCAUAAAACGCCAAGAAAUUACAGUUGCUGAUUCUACCGCUGCAAUGAAGCUCACCAUUUGGGAAGAUUUGGUAUCCAAACUGGAAGUUGACAAAAGCUACAAGAUCCUUCACUUAUCCACAAGACUCUUCCAAAAUGCAAAAUCAAUUACCUCUACAAAACAGACGACCAUUUCACAGAUUCCUGACAUCAUCAACUGUGCGCCAGCGAUAGACUCUGAUGUAAUCACAAAGGAAGGCAAAAUCACCCAAGCAGGACUUACACUUAGUUACCUGUGCGACAAUUGUAAAUCAAAAGUUGAUUUCAGUAAUCAAAAGUUUGUCAGAUGCCAGUUUUGCAAACUAAAAAUGACCAAAGAGUCACUGCACAGGUCCAUCAGCGGAACCUUGUGUUUCUCGUCUGGAUAUGAAAAAUACAAACUCACUAUUUUUUCUUCAGUCUUGUUAACAUUAGCAACGACAAACAAUCUAGAUUCAGAUGACAGUGAGGUACUUGAAGAAUAUUUGCUGUCAAAUUCGUUCAAAAUCUCUUUCUCGCAAGACAACAAAACUGUGUUAGACAUCAAACUUUUCGUUCCAAACACGUGAAUCAAAAUGCUCAUUUUGUUUUGCACAGUUUAGCUAGAACUUUUGCAUUUUGAUAUUAAUCAUGUUACUUUUAACUUUACUUUGUUGUCCAUAUUUGUUCAACAUCUUCAUACAUGCUCUAAAAUUUGUUCAAGAUGUUAUUCGAACGGGACAACAGAACUUUGUUUUGCAUACUAUUGCUUAAACUGGAUUUUAGUAUUGUUCAUGUUAAAUUAUGACAUAACUUUGUUGUUCCUUAUCUAUCCAUCAACUUCAUAUUUGUUGUGAAAUUCACUCAAUUUAUCAUUUACGCAGGACAGCAAAACUGUUGGACAUCAAACUAUUAAUAUAGAAUCUGUAACUCAAAUUGCUUUAUUUGUUUUCAUAAUAUUACUAGAACUGUCCAUUUUGGUAUUAUUCAUGUGAAAUUGUUUUUAAAUUUCUUUUUUUCCCCUUAUAUGUACGGCAAUUAUUUUUAUGUUUCAUAACUCAUAAUUAAGUGUUCAUUUUUUUUGUUCCUUAUCACACAUUACAUCUGUUGUUCUUUUAUUUUUUAUAUGGCAGGUAACAUUUCCUAUUUCAUUUUUAUUUAUUUACAUUUCUACAAAUGUAAAAUAUACCUUUUUAUAUUACAUGCAAGAUGCAUAUUCAAUUAAUGAUCAACCAUAUUAUUCAUACAGUACACAAACAUGCUGAUAUAAUAAAAAAAAAUUGCAGAAUUAUUUAUUUUUUUUAAAUGAUCUCUUUAAGCCUCGAAAUUAACAUGACCCAUUUUGAUUUUUAAGUUUAACACUACUGCACUGCUGAAAUGUAUGAAACAUUUUUUUGCAUGCUUUUUUAUCUUAUUUGUUGCAACAAAGAGCAAUAUAUUUUAAUUUUUUGUUGUUGUUGGUUUUGUUUGUCUUUAUUUAGACUAGAAAAACUGUUUUUAUGCAAUGUGCAUAUUUUUUGUGGGUUUUUUCCUUAUUAAAUUGAUGGUUAUUUACUAUUUACUGCUUUAUUUUUCUUUCAAAUACAUGUAUAUAUGAUUCAUGGCUUUCAAUAAGAUCUUGUAUUUUUCAAGGGUAGCGUAGUACACCUAUAACUUAAAUGUCUUUGUUCAUUUUCUAAUUUUUACUUCCUCAAUUUUUCAAUUGAUCUAAAAAAAGUAGACUAACUCCUUGAUAAUUCACUUUUUUAUUGUAAAUUAAAGAAAUCUUUGAUACAACACAAGGUUGUCUCUAAAAAUUGAAGUAGAAGGAGGAAAUGAAAAAGUAGAAGGGGGUCUGGGGGUCUUGCUGAUAGCUACAUUGUGUUUGAAAUGGGAAAAUAGUCAUGUAAUUGAGGCAUUAUAGGUGGGGGAAUUCCCCACCUCCUGGGUUUUGGAGACAACCCUGCAACAGAAAGUUAGGGGGAGGAAGGCAAUUCCUCCCUGAUACUAUGUGCCUGUAUUCAAAAUUCUGACUAAACUGUCUUUUUUUUUUUUAAAACUGACAGUUACAACUUAUUUGCAUUUUUAUUUAUGUCAGCUUUUACAGUUUAGGCAAACUUCUAUGGCCUAAUAAGUGCAUAAGCAGAGGAAGUUUUAUAUAUAAAGAAAAUAUCAUAUCGACAUCUAUAUCCGUCUCAAUGCCAAAUUUAUUCUGUAUUUCUAAAGUUUUGGUAGUUAAUUUUAAUCAACUUCUAUGCAGUUAACCUGCCAAACCAAAAGUGGAACAGUAUUUGGGCUGAAGCACAAAUCGUGAUCACUGGCAAAACUUAAAAAUAAUUGAUAUAUCUGUACUUAUGCAAUCAGAAGCAUGUUCAAUGUAUAAUUACAUUGAAAAUACCCUGAUUUUAAAUGGAACAAAUAUUUUACUUUUUUAGUCGUAUGUAUUCCUACUCCAUAGUUAAAUAUUGUUUGUAUACAAUUUUUCAAAAAUAUUUCGAUUACUAAUACAUGUACAUCGUAAAAUUUGAUGGCAUUUAUUUUUUUCACGACAUCAUUUCUGGUGGGUUUAUGUCUACAAUAGCUCAGAAAUCUUGUAGAUAAAGCCUCAUAAUUCAUAUUACAAUAAAAAGUGUGUAAUUAUUCAAAUACAGCUAAGAAACCACUUGCCAUGCAAAAUUACAUUUAAAAGUAAAUUAAUGAUCAAUAAAGCCAACUUUCCGUUAGUACUUCUGUACUUUGAUUUUAAAUUGGUAAUUAAAUAACCCCAUUCUUAGGUCACCUUAGUCACUUGGAUCACCUAUUGUUAUCUAUUUUUGUCCAUCUGUUGUAAACUUUUA